GGAAGUUUUCUGUUUUCUUUCUUGAAUCUUAACCUGUAGCUACCGGAGCUGACCUCCAGCCUACCCUUCUGGGUGGAUGCCAGCGCCGGGAGGCCCGGGAAGAGGGGCUGCGUGCACCUGGCCUCCCGGCCGCUCCCCCUCAGCUGCUGCGCCCCGAGGCGGCGCGGGUCCCCCGCAUCCAGGUGCCCGGUCGAGGCCGAGGACCUGGGACGCGGUCAGGAGCCCAGAAGCCGCGCGGCGAGGAUGCCGCCACCAGCGAGGAGGGGCAAGGCGAAGCCUCAGCUGCCCGCACAAGGGUCUUUUGUCCUCCCAGGAGCGCGCGCCCACUGCGGAGCGAAGGCGGGGACAGCUCGGGGUGGGCCCGCGGGGAGAAGCCCGGGCCGCAGCCCUGCGCCCACCUGCGCGCCUGCGAGGGGACCCCGAGGCCCGGGCCGCCCCGCCCUCCCCCGAGGCGUGGCCCCACCGAGGGCCCGGCAGCCCCUUCCUUCCUGCGCGGGCUCCCGCGGCCGGCGGGCACCGCAGCCACGUCGGGAGGGCCGCGCCUGUGCGCCCGGAGCGGACCGCGCAGGCCCUGGUCAGAGGCGGCAUGCGGCUUCCACGUGUCUCCAGCUCUGCAGUGACCGUGCUCCUGCUGGCCCAAACCUGCCUGCUGCUCUUCCUGUACUCGCGGCCAGGACCCUCGUCCCCAGCCAGCAGCGAGGAGCGUGUGCACGUGUUGGUGCUGUCCUCGUGGCGCUCGGGCUCAUCAUUCCUGGGCCAGCUCUUCAGCCAGCACCCGAACGUCUUCUACCUGAUGGAGCCCGCGUGGCACGUGUGGACUGCCCUGUCGCGGGGCAGUGCGCCUGCACUGCACAUGGCCGUGCGCGACCUGGUGCGCUCUGUGUUUCUGUGUGACAUGGACGUGUUCGAUGCCUACCUGCCGUGGCGCCGCAACCUGUCCGACCUCUUCCAGUGGGCGGUGAGCCGGGCGCUGUGUUCUCCGCCCGCCUGCAGCGCUUUCAGCCGCGAUGCCAUCAGCAACGAGGCGGUGUGCGAGCCGCUGUGCGCGCGGCGGCCCUUCAGCCUGGUGCAGGAGGCCUGCCGCUCCUACAGCCACGUGGUGCUCAAGGAGGUGCGCUUCUUCAACCUGCAGGUGCUCUACCCGCUGCUCACAGACCCUCUGCUCAACCUGCGCAUCGUGCACCUGGUGCGUGACCCGCGCGCUGUGCUGCGCUCCCGGGAGCUGACGGCCAAGGCGCUGGCACGUGACAACGGCAUCGUGCUGGGCACCAACGGCACGUGGGUGGAGGCCGACCCCCGCCUGCGCGUGGUGAGCGAGGUGUGCCGCAGCCACGUCCGCAUCGCGGAGGCCGCGCUGAGCAAGCCGCCGCCCUUCCUCCGGGGCCGCUACCUCCUGGUGCGCUUCGAGGACCUGGCUCAGAACCCACUGCCCGAGAUCCGAGCGCUCUACGCCUUCGCCGGCCUCAACCUCACACCGCAGCUUGAGGCUUGGAUCCUCAACAUCACGCACGGGGUGGGAACCGGGGCACCCCGCGAGGCCUUCAAAACCACCUCCAGGGAUGCGUUAAACGUGUCCCAGGCCUGGCGUCAUGCGUUGCCCUUCUCCAAGAUUCGCCGCGUACAGAAGCUGUGCGCUGGUGCCCUGCGGCUGCUGCGUUACAGGCCAGUGUUCUCCUUAGACGAGCAGCGGGACCUCAGCCUGGACUUGGUGCUGCCCCGAAGCCCAGGCAGCUUCCAGUGGACAUCGUCCACCAAGGCACAGCCCAGGCCUUAGCAAGGGCCCCAAUGGUGGCUCAUGAGGAGAGUGUGAUGGGGGUCGGGGGCAGGGCACAUGAGGAAGCCAACCAGCCAGCAGGGGACCAGAGUGUAAAGAUUCUCUUGUGCCAAGAAAGGGCUGAGCCCCCAGAUUCCACAUUUCUUUCCCUCCGGAGCCUUGGCUCUCUUUUGCACCCUGUUUGGGAGCUGGCUCAGCAUCGAGUACGUUCUUCACAGAAAGCCAAACCCUUGCCCCAUUUCCUCUGGGCACAGAGGUCCUCAGUUCCUCAAGCAUUUCUUUCCCCUUAACUCUGGCCUCCCUUGGGAUGCACCAUGCAGGGACUGAGAAGGUGUUCUAGCCACGGCUACGGGCAGAGGGCUCCUGCACUUCUGCGGUGAACUGGCCUCUGAAGUUGUCCUGUCUCCUUCUCCUUUGGAAUCCUGGAUUUGGUUCCACCCAUGCGCCAUUGAUGCGGUGUUUGGUUAGACUCACCUGCAGCUUCAGUGAGAAAUCCCAAGAGAUGCCCCUGUCUUUGGUCACCCAUUAGCCUCUGCCCCACCUCUCAGCAGCCCUCACGUCCCCAUCACUCUACCCAGCUAUGAGGAACCUAGCCUCGAACCUCACCAAUCUUCCAUUUGUCUUGACGGGGAAAAUCCUACUUAGGGAAAUAAACAAUAAUUGAUCCAUGUGAUAAAGAUUAGUUUCCAGCCUGUAAAAUUUACCAAGCAAAGCUCCAAAGAGCAGGGACUUAUGCAUCACCCAUGAAAAGGGUGAUGAAGGAAGAAAAAAUUUUUGUCCUGGGUGUGUGUGUAUGAGGGGGAAGGAUGACUCAGCAGAGACCUGUCUCUAGUAGAAGGGUGGACUUGUCCCAUUUGGGUUGCCUUAGGGAAGAGCAGGUGGCUUCACAGCUGGGGGGUACAGCUGUCUGGGUCCAGAGCAGGCUGGAUACCCCUGGGAGGAGGAAGGGAGGGCCAGGCUGGGCUGCAAGCCAGACUUGAGGGGAGCAGAGUGCAAGGUUGGUUGGCAGCAGGAGUGGUGCCCAGAGGGCAGGCUGGGCCCAUCACAGGGUGGAUGAAACCGAUCAGCCUGGUAAGGAGGUUGAAGACAAAAGGCUUUGGAAGAGAAAGGAGUAAAAUACCUGCUGCAAGCCACAGCACCCUGCCAAAGGCCUACUAAGGGAUUCUAGGCAUACAGAGGGCUUAGCCCUGAGCUCAGGAGAUUAGGAGCCACAGCAGAUGCUCAGUAAAAAUACUGACAGAAUGCCACAUGUGGUGGUGCAUGCCUGUAAACCCAGCACUUGGGAGACUGAGGCAAGAUUGUCGUAAGUUUGAGGCUUGUCUGGGCUACAUAGUAUGAUCUUAUCUCAAAAAAAAUGUUUGCAGAACCUCUGGGAAAGACGAGGAAGCAGAUAUGAGUCCAUACAAGAGCACCCCAAAUCACACUGGACUGCACAGCUGUCUGGGGGCUAUUAAAAGUUGCUAGCAUAUGUGAGCAUGGUGGCUCCACCUGUAAUCCCAGCACUCAGGAGGCUGAGGCAGGAGGAUCAUUUCGAGUUCAAGAUCAGUCUGGGCUACCAAGUGAGCUCAGGUCCAGCCUGAACUGCAUAGUGAGACCCUGUCUCAAAAAGAAAAAAAAAAAAAAAUUGCUACCAGUCAUUGUUGCCAUCGGUUGCCAGGAGGGAUUCUGGUGAUCACUGACUUCUGAUUGUCAGCCCUGGUGUGACUUUGGAUGGGUGAGGCAGUGGCCAAUCUGGCAUUUUCUGCUUCUUUCCUUGGAGGGAGCAGAGAUCUAUUGACAUUGAAGACAAUGCCUCAGGAUGACUCAUUUGGGGAUUCUCCAAGCUCUAGAAGCAUCAGGUUACAUAAAACCUGAAUCUGAACCAGGUCUGGUAGUGCACCCCUGUAAUCCCAGCAAUCAGAAAACUGAUUGCUGCAAGUUUGAGGCCAGUCAGGGCUACAAAGCUCAAGGCCAGCCUGAACUGCAUAGUGAGAUCCUGUCUCAUAAAGACAACAACAACAACAACAAAAGCCUGAUACUGUCCCUGCUGACAAUAAAUACGGGGAAGGGAUAUAAAGCCCUGAGUUUAUUAAUGGGAUUCUGCAGCUUGGAAAGCGACCUGAUCCAUUUGGGCUGCUAUGAUGAAAUGCCUUAGACUGGGCAACUUAGAAACACCAGAAACUGAUUGCUCAUAGUUCCAGGAGUUCAAGGUGCUGCAGAGUGUGGUAAGGCCCCUUCCUCGGACUGUGCCUUCUAGCUCUGUCCCAACCAAGUGAAAAGAGCAGGGCAGCUUUCUAGGUCUCUUGUAAGGGUACGGACUCCAUUUAUGAGUCCCCACUGUUUUUUCCUCUUUGUUCUGAGAUGUUUUUAUUUUGAGACAUGGUCACAGGUGCUAAAUUUUCCAGGCUGGAUUGAAUUUGUGACCUCCUACCUCAGCCUCCCAGAGAGCUGAGGUUAUAGGGACGCACCACUAUGUUCAGCUCAGGGUUCCAUCUUCUCGAUCUACCUAAUUAUCUCCCAAAGGCUCUGCCACCUAAUACCAUACCUUAGGAGGUUAGGAUUUUAACAUAUGGCCUGGGGGGAGAUACAUUCAGCCCAAACCAGAAAGAAUUGGGUCACAUCACUGACUUCAGUGUUAAAGGUCGUAACAAGUGCUAUCCCACAGUAGGGAUAAAAAUGGACCAUAGCAAAGGGCUGGGAGGUCUAGUUCAUUUGCCCUUGACAAUGACAUGGGUCAUUGGAAGCCAGGGAGCCAUUUGACUGCAAACAUCUCAAGUUCCAGAAUUUUCCUGUUUGUGUUUUGAGACAGGGUCUCACUGUGUAUUCUGAGCCAGCCUUAAACUCAUUAUAGCCCAAGCUAGCCUCAAACACAUGGCAAUCCUUCUGCCUCAGCCUCCCGAGUGCUGGGAUCACAGGCCUGCACCAUACUCGACUCAGGUAUCAGAAUGUCAAAGGAAGUGGUGGUCAGUUGGCUGGGGCAUGGGUACCUCAUGCUGUCCCUUUCCUGCCUCUCUCUCUGUGCUGGGAGUUCACUGUUGAGGGCAGAGAUCAGUCUAGGAACAACAGUGCUGAGCUGAGUUACUGUGGAGUGUUCAGGAGAAGAAGGAUGAGCAAGGCCCGGCACUCUGGGAGGCUGAGGCAGGAGGAUCCUAAAUUCAAGCCCAGCCUGAGCAAUUUAACAACUUUGUGAGGCCCUUUGUUAAAAUUUAAAAACAAUUUUAAAGGCUGAGGAUGUGUGAAGGCCCUGGGUUCAGCCCCUAGUACCACACCCUCCCCCUAAAAAAGGUUGAGCAGGAGCUCUAUGAUGCCAGAGGCUAAAAACCAGAUAUGGCAGCAACAGACACUGGUUUCAUUUGUUCCUGCCCGGUUCAGGCUCUGCUGAUGGCCACAGAAUGCCCCUGGAUUCCUGUGCUUUGCUACAUGACUCACCCGCCCUGUUUGGACUCCCAGGGCACCAGAAAAGGGAUGGGCGCCCUGACUUGCUCCCUGUACCUGCAGCUCUCCCGGCAAGCCUUGUGGUGAGCCUGGGGUCCCUGCACACUGGCCACUGAGUGCGAGCCUCAGGCUGAGGCUCCUGGCUCAGUGGGCUCCAGGAAAACCUGGGGGAGAAGCUCUGAAUGUGGCUAGGACAAGGGCAGAGGGUGGCCUGGUUGGCUGGGGACAGUAAAGCCAAAGCUGGGACCCAGGGGAGACGGAUGCAAGGAAGCAGUCACCACUGGAAAGCCCAUCACUGAGGACUGUCUAUCCCCGCCAUGCUGGGCACAGCUCUUGACUAACUUCGGGUGGUUGCAUUGAUGUCUAAAUCAGUGGCUAUCUCUGUCACCUUUUAUUUGUGGCUGGUUGGUUUCGUUGAGAAAAGGCCUCCUUAGGUAAUUCAGGUCAGCUUUGAAUAUACUGUGUAGCCCAGGCCAGCACGGAACCUAUAAUCUUCCUGCCUCAGCCUCCAAGUGUUGGAUUCAUAGGUGUGCAUCACCACACCAAGUAGUACCAUGCUCUUUACUAUAGUCCCUGACUUCUGCCGUUCAGGGGAGGAGUCUGUGGCUCUACCUCUCCGUCUAUAUAAGGAACCGGAACUGGCUUCCAUUAACAGAGCUCCGUCGUGCUCUGUGAGAAGCCUGGUCCGGGAGCAGAGGCGCAACUGUGCCUGUACCUUCAUGGUUUGCAGCAGGAGCUCUUUGACAAAGACCGGUUAGAGAGGCAGAAACAGCUUGUUAGUGCAGCAGCAAAAACUCACCCAGGAGAAAGGAAAGUAACACAAAGAAGUGGCCUAGAAGUCCGACUCAUUUGGCAUUUUCAAAAACAACAACAAAUUUGCAGAGAGAUGACCGACCCAGAAAGACAGCAUCAGGCAUCCAUGCGGGGGGGGGGGGGUAUGAAAAGAGGUGAAUGGGAUAAGCUUGGUCUGAGGAUUCCCUGGGUGCCAUUUCUGGGUUGAUAAGGGGUUAGCGUUAUCUCCAGUAAAGAAUUUAUAUCCUUUAGAAUUUAGCCCCAUGAGAUGACCCACCGCUGUAAUCCUAGCACUCUGAGAGGCUGAGGCAGGAGGAUUACAAGUUGGACCCCAGCUUGGUCAGCUCAGUGACUUACCAAAACCGGCCUCAAAAUAAAACAUAAAGAAAAAGAAAAGCUCUGGGGAUGCAGCUCAGUGUGAGGUCCUUGAGUUCAGGCCUCAGUCACACACACUAUUUCCUGCUACAGAGAGAAAGUGAGAAAAGGUAAAGAAAACUUUUUUCUGACAUUUGCUACUUUCUUAAUUACUUUCCACUCAAAAUUAAUUUUUAUGUCAAAGAGGCAUAUUUUGGGAUGACAUCUCCUGGGUUCCUUCAACCUCAAGAGAGCUUGCAUGCUUGCCACUUCCUUGGGAACUCAGCCUCCACGGUGGAAACCAGCUUACGAUGGGGCAGUGGACCAGACCCCAGGGGAGGAGAGUCCGGCCCUCCCAUCUGGCCCAGCCGAGGCCAGCACAGCUCCCCCUGCUGCAUCCUAAUGGCCCGAUCAAGUCAAAGGCAGAGCCUGGGACGCAGGCCCGUGAUAAGAGGAGCUUGUUUUGAGGGUGUGUGAGUGUGCGUGUUUUAAAGAAUCAACUCUGCUUCAUGUUUUAUUUUUGUACAUCUUUUAGGACCAGUUUCAUUUUCCAGUUUUUCAGGUGUUCCAGCUGCCAUUCACUUAACUUUCUAAUCUACAAUCAAUCAGUAUGAAAAAUGAACAAGUCCCAUGAGUAAUUCAUGGAGAACACAUAAUUAUGGCCCCAAAAGACAAUAAAGAAUUCGCAACAAAACUAGGUUAUAUGUGGGAAGUGUAUUAAUCACACUCUGAAUACAGCCGAUCAAACAACAGAAUGACAUAUUUUAAAAAAAAACAUGCAAUGUAUCACAAAGAAGCUAUGUAAUAACCUUUUAUUAUCAGCCAUAUCAAUUGUUUGUUUGUUUGUACCGGGAAUUAAACUGGGGACCUUGUAUUUGCUAGGCAGGUGCUUGUGCCACUGAGCUAUGUACACACCCCCAGCAGCUGUAUUAAUAGUUUAAUGGUUAGAAUUAAGAUGUGAUUUAAGCAUUUAGAUCUUCGCAUAGUUAACAUAUACACAUCUGACUGUCUCAGGUGUUUUAGUAAUCUGGACAGAGUUGUUGGUUGAGGUAUUAAACAUUAAGGUCUUGUUUAAAGUAUUAAUUUUAGAAAAUUCACUCUCACUUAAGGUUUUUUGUUUGUUUUUGGAGACAAGGUUUCACUUUGUAGUUCAGUUUGUAAUUCAGGGCAAUCUUGAACUCACAGCAGUCCUCCUGCCUCUGUCUCCCAAGUGCUAGGAUUACAGGUGUGUGCCACCCACUCACCUCACUUAAGGUUUUCAUACCAAUCCGUAACUUUAUUAGGGAAAUACCUGGAUGCAUAUGUAUUUUAUUUGAAUGCUCAUUUCCUACUUCUUAUCAAGCAUCCAGUUUCUUCUUGGCCCUUCCCCUUCCUGACAAUGCUGCUAAGACCUGAGUGUCACCGAAUGAUUAGUGCCUGCAACAUGUGUGGCCCGGGAGGAAGCCAGCCAGAUCCACCGAAGCAGCCACAGUCGGCGGGAGCAGAAAGCUUUUUUCCCAGAAAGCAAUGUGCGCAGCAGUCUACAGCAGUCAUUCAUGAUUUGACAGUAAGUUAUUGGGAUGCAAGCUGGGGUCAGAAAGGAGAAACUAUUCCCUGGAAAUAAACCUGUUUAUACAA